AAGCAGGGAGACAUAAUGAUCGGUGGAAUCUUCCCGGUUUUCAACAAAGAGAUAAGCAGCACCUCCACGUUCAAGAGCAAGCCGGCUGGAGUUAAAUGCAUGGGAUUUGACCUUCGUCCUUUUCGGUGGACCCAAGUGAUGAUAUUUGCAAUUGAUGAAAUCAACAAUGAUUCUGCUCUGCUGCCAAAUAUAUCUCUUGGCUAUAGGAUCCUUGACUCUUGUGCAUCUCCUACAAAUACUUUGCGUGCUGCACUGACACUGACAAGUAUAUCGGCGAAGACUUCACCUUGUCCUCCAGCUAUAUCUGCAUUAAUAGCAGAGUCAGGAUCGACUCAAUCUCUAGCUGUUGCUGGAGCUCUUGGACCAUUUCAAGUGCCAAUAGUAAGUUACUUCUCAACAUGUGCCUGCCUGAGUGAUAAAACCAAAUAUCCUACUUUUUUCCGGACAAUCCCCAGCGACUACUUCCAGGCUAAAGCUUUGGCAACACUGGUCAAACGUUUUGGCUGGCAGUGGAUUGGGGCAAUACAGUCAGACAAUGAGUAUGGCAGGAAUGGGAUCCAAGCUUUUACUGAAGAGGUUAAAAAGCAUGGGGUUUGUGUUGCAUUUGUUGGGACAAUUUUACGGACACAUACCAUCGAUAAAAUUCUGGAAAUUGUGGAAAUGAUCAAGCAGUCAUCUGUCAAAGUCAUCCUUGCUUUUGUCCCAGAGGGGGACUUUUAUCCUUUGAUGAAAGAGGUCGUUAAACAGAACAUUACAGGAAUUCAGUGGAUUGCUAGUGAGGCCUGGAUAACAGCAGCUCGGCCCUCGACACCAGAAAUGUACCGAGCUUUUGGUGGAGCUCUGGGGUUUGUGGUGAAGAAGAUGGCAAUUCCAAAACUAAAACCAUUCCUUACACACAUUAGCCCUUAUACUGACCUCAAUGCAGCAUUUGUGAAAGAUUUCUGGGAGAUUAUGAUGGGCUGUAGACCUGUCUCAACUGAGGAGCACACAGGUACUGAGGCAGCACAUGAAGUAUGCACAGGGAAUGAGACAUUAAUGAAUUCCCAGGAUGUGUUCUUCAAUGUUACACAGCUCCGAGUGUCUUAUAAUGUGUAUAAAGCAGUUUAUGCCAUUGCUCAUGCCCUACAUCAGCUGGUAUUCUGCCAACCAGUUGAUGGAAAAAUAGUGAGCCCAUGUUUGAAUGUAUCAGAAAUUAAACCCAAAGAGGUCACUGCUCACUUACGACAUGUGAAUUUUAUGAAUCAAUUUGGGGAUGAAGUGUUUUUUGAUAUCAAUGGUGACCCUCCCGCUUCUUAUGAUAUUAUUAACUGGCAGCUUAGAGAUGAGCAGGUCCAACACGUCACAGUGGGUCAAUUUGUUUCUGCUGCAAAAAGCACUUAUAAGCUCAGCAUCAAGGACGAAGACAUUGUGUGGAGGACAGGGAAAAUGGUUCCGAUAUCGGUAUGCUCUGAAGUUUGUCCAGUAGGAACCAGAAAAGCCCAAAUAAAAGGAAAACCAACCUGCUGUUUUGACUGUAUCCCCUGUGCUGAUGGAACCAUAGCCAAUGCAACAGAUGCAGCCGACUGCACAGCCUGUCCUCGGGAAUACUGGUCCAAUGAGAGGAAAGAUGAGUGUUUUCCUAAAACCAUUGAAUUCCUGGCAUAUAAUGAGCCGAUGGGAAUAGCUCUCACCCUUGUAUCCCUGCUUGGGGCUACCCUGUCUCUGGCAACAAUGAUUGUCUUCAUCUGCUACAGAGAAACUCCUGUCAUAAAGGCCAGCAACUCCGAGCUCAGCUGUUUCCUCCUGUUUUCUCUUUUUUUGUGUUUUCUCUGUCCCCUCACUUUUAUCGGCAGACCCACAGUCUGGACAUGCAUGCUGCGCCAUACAGCUUUUGGUGUGACAUUUGCACUUUGUAUAUCGUGUGUCUUGGGAAAAACUAUUGUUGUCGUCACAGCUUUCAAGGCCACAUUCCCUGGAAAGAAAUUAGCAGAAAAGUUUGGUCCUGCACAGCAAAGGAUCAUAGUCUGUUCCUGCACUUUAAUACAGGUAGUGAUAUGUGUGUUGUGGCUGAAAUUAAAGCCACCUUUCCCAGACAUGGUUUUAAGAUACAGCAAUAAGAAGAUUGUUUUAGAGUGUAACACAGGCUCUGAGGCUGCUUUCUAUGCAGUGUUAGGGUACAUAGGGAUUCUGGCAGUAAUAUGUCUGGUUCUGGCUUUUCUAGCUAGAAAGUUGCCAGAUAACUUUAAUGAAGCCAAAUUCAUCACCUUCAGCAUGUUGAUCUUCUGUGCAGUCUGGGUCACUUUUAUCCCAGCAUAUGUCAGCUCUCCUGGAAAGUUCACUGUAGCUGUGGAAAUAUUUGCAAUUUUGUCUUCAGCCUUUGGCUUAUUAAUAAGCAUUUUUGCACCUAAAUGUUACAUAAUACUGAUUCAGCCAGAGAAAAAUACAAAGAAACAUGUCAUGGGAAAACUGUAA